CACUGCAUGUUCCCUUCGUGCAAAUGGUACUUCGAGGGACCCGCGAUCCUUCCGAGAAGCUGUUCUUCGAGAUAACAUUACGUGGGAACGCGUACGAAGUUGCCGAUCCGCGAAGCUCGCCGGCGAACGUCGACUCGAAGAGCCCGGUUAUUUUACUCGACGAUCGUCUUCCAAUGAUGUAACGCUCGUUCCUUCGUGGCCGUUCACUUUUUCAGUCGAGUUUAUCACAAAAGGAAGUUGAUAAAAGAAUUUAAUCAAAGUGUCGAGCCGACUGGCCCGCUUUCUUCUCGGCGAUGACGCGACAACGGCGCUUAUGACAAUUUUCAGAGCGUGAAAAAAAGGAGCACAGAACAGGCUCGCCUAUCGUUAUAUAAACGAAAACUUCAUUCAAGAACGGUCCCGCGCGAUAAAAAAGCUUCCGGGAGGAGGGAAAUUGACGGUGGAAUGCACGGCCGAGCGAUAAAGGUUAUAAAUCUCGAGGCGAUAACAUCGCUUGUUCCAUUACACCCUUGUUGGCCUAUGUAAAUAUUACGAAACCCGGUGGUUCGCCUAUUCACGGCCCUUCGGCCCUCUUGCACGACACUCUCUUCGCUCGUAACGUGCGCUACGGACGAGAACUAGGUCUUCGUAUCUCGUCACGCAACUCGGCAUUAUCGACGGACUUCUUCAUUCAACUUUGUUGUUGGCGGCGUGACGUUUAACCACCGUAUGUACACAGGCAAGAGGUGUACUUGUUUUCUUCUACGCUCAGUCACUUCGCAUUGGCAUUCCAGCUACCUUUGCGCCACGUUCAUCGGCGAUAUCCACAUUUUCGAGGUAGAAGCCGACAUGUUGUGAUGGCCGGAACGUCCCGACGUCCGAGCUCCGAGCUCGGACCUGACCUGUCGUCGCCGACGCCUCCGAAGAAGUCCAAGUUCUCCGAGGUUUCGAUCGGUGAUACCUCCGAGAAGGAGCACGAGGUGACCGCCGAGGAACUCGAGAGCGUCGAGAAGUUGGCCAGCUCCGUAGCGGCCUCCCUGUCCGAGAAAACCGUGGAACUGAUCCCCGCGGGUACGAGUCCGUUCGAGAUCAGCGAGGAAUCUCUGGACAGCACGAAACAACUGAUCCAGGGCGGUUUAGAGGGUCCGGCUAAAGUGACACCCGGCUCGUCGAAGGAGGGACACUUCGGCAGCUUCGAGACGAUCGUGCAGAUGAAGUACGGCCAGCAGGAGCACUCUGGCAGCUGCAGCAGGAAGUCGGACACCGAUAGCGAAGUGCAGACUCAGACUUCUCUGCGGGGCGGGGACGCGUUGUAUCAGGAACUUUCCCUGAUCGGUAACGGUGCCUACGGUACCGUUUACAAAGCCAAGGACUUGAACACCGGCCAGGUUGUCGCGCUUAAAAAAGUUAGGGUACCUCUUACAGAAGAUGGACUGCCCACCUCUACCUUGAGGGAAAUCGCUACGUUGAAACAGCUCGAGAGAUUCGAGCAUCCGCACAUUGUACGAUUGUUGGACGUUUGCCAAGGGAAUUAUCUGCAUUUGCCCUCCGCUGACGGGAGAUCGGAGAGGCUGAACCGGGGACUCACGUUGUGGCUGGUGUUCGAGCACGUUGAACGGGAUCUCGCAUCCUACAUGUCCUCGUGUCCACGGCCAGGUAUCCCGCCUGAACUGGUAAAGCAGAUGUCGAAGGAGAUACUCAGGGGUGUCGAAUUUUUACACAGUCACAGGAUCAUACACAGGGACUUGAAGCCGCAGAAUCUGCUGGUGUCCAGGGAGGGGAGGAUAAAGAUCGCAGAUUUCGGCUUGGCAAAGACCUACGACUUCGAAAUGAGACUGACUUCCGUGGUCGUGACGCAGUGGUACCGUGCACCUGAAGUACUCCUGGGAUGCUCCUAUGCGACUCCCGUGGAUAUUUGGUCCGUAGGCUGCAUAUUAGCUGAAUUGAGCCGCUUGCAACCGUUGUUCCCGGGUACGAGUGAGGGCGAUCAGCUCGAUAGGAUUUUUCAAGUAAUAGGUACUCCAUCGCAAGACGAGUGGCCUGAGAACGUGUCGCUUAGUUGGACUGCAUUCCCUUACAGGCAACCGAAGCCUUUAGCAGAAAUAAUACCUGAUCUCAACGAAGAUGGUUUAGAUUUAAUUAAGAGUCUACUCACGUUUGAUCCGCACAUUCGAUUGACUGCAGCCCAGGCACUCAGACACAGGUAUUUCGCUGAAGAUAGCUCGUGAUGAUUGUUUCUCGCGUGUGUUUUUAUUAGAUUCCCGUAUACAUCGAGUAUAUCGUAUAGUACCGAUUAUGGAUAAAGAGAAACGUUACAGUUACUUUCUUCGUUCCCGCACAAUGGAGUAAUAUAAUCUGUUUCGAGUAUAAAGCACAGUACGGAUAUCUUUCUAAUUAGAACAGAGCUCGUGAAUAUUCCGUUCUCGUUUAAGGGAUUAAAAUUGCAAAAUACUUUUGUUGCUGUUUAUAAAACCGUCAUCAUAUUUAAUUCAUACACGCAUCGAUCGUAAUUUCAUUGUAUUCAGUCGUUACUCUGACGGUGAACAAUGCUUCUCCUCGUUCUAUUCGAAUAGCCGUAGAAUUUCCAUCGUUAGUUUAUUUAGUUGUAGCGUUAGCGAUACGUUAUUUAUUUAGAGUUAAGUAGUACCUCGGUUCGAUUUGUUCCCGCGAAAAGUAUUGCGUUACCCACUUUUAUUUUUCACAGAAACGUAGUUUCCAGCGCGUAGAAUCCGCGAUUGCAAAAUCAUUUGUCUCACGAUUAAACGGGCGAACCUCGUUAAAUUCGCACGAAACAUUCGAACCCUAUGCCUUAAUUUUCUAUAUUAAACUUAUGAGAUAAGUGUACCAUUAAAUAACAUUGUUCUCGUAAGACUGGGGUCUAUCCGGACCCGUUCAGAUCCGUUGGAGGAAUACCUAGGAUCAUUCGCGUAUGAAACCAGAAAGUACACUGCCAUAUGUAUGUAAUACAAACGGUUAACAGCGUUCAGUGUUGUAACGUUACGUUUCGUACGAUGUAUAAACCUUUGCUAAUAAUAUUUAUAUACACUUUAGCAUGCAGUUUGUAAGGAAAUGUGGAAGACGUUUAAAAAAAGACUGUACAAUAAAAUAAAGAUUUUUUAUAGUUUUAUAUAUUGAUUAUUUUA